GGCUCCCAGGUCAUGAAUAGUUUGCUAUCCAGUACAAUUGAUCAAGUGUGAAGUGUUCCAAUCCGCCAUUUUAAUUGAUAUAGUAGUUGAACGAAAGAAGCUGGAUGAUCUACGAAAACAUCAAUUUAAGGAUAGAGUUAGAAACCUGAAAAAGAAAAAUAUCAAUCUCCCCAAUGGAAGGACAUAGAGUUUUCAUUACUGGAAUUCCCAGUGAGACGGAUAACAGAGACUUGGAGUCUUUUUUCAGACCUUAUGGCCCCAUAAGGGUACUUUUCAUUAGAAACCAGCAUGCUUUCGUAGAGUUCCGAAGUACAGCCAAUGCUGAACUUGCCAUAUCCGAGCUAAGCACUGCAAAUUUUCUGGGACAACGUAUUACACUUGAUACAACUCCUAGUGCUUUCUAUGGCGACAGCUGCCUGAUUGUUAGAAACUUAACACCAAAUAUUGGUUGGAGGGAGCUCAGAGAUCAUAUGAACCGAGCUGGGGAGGUUUUUUUCGUUUCAGUCAACCCCGAUCAGGGAAAUGAAGGAAGGGUAUAUUUUACUUCUCAGUUUGGGAUGAUGAAUGCGAUUGAACUACUGCAGGAAAGCGAACUGGAUGGUACACGGAUUCGUUUAAUUCCAUCUGAACGGGAAUCUGGGAUACCCGGCCUUAGUUCUGGCGAACUCGGAGAACAAAGCAAUUCUUCUAGAUCACAUAGCCCAUCGAUAAGUAGAUCUCCUCCCAAUAUUUCCCCUGAAAACAGUCGUUCUAGUAGUUUACAGGAACAAGAAGUAUCUAGUUUGAGCUCACGUAGCCAUAGUUCCCGCAUAGAACAAGACUUGAUAGGAAGAAGCACCCCUCCCAUGUCAGACAGUUCAUCCAGAAGUAGGUCUUCACAGAAUAGUUCUAGAGCACACAAUUCUGAGAGUGCAGACGGAUCUAGUUCUAUAUCUCAGAGCAACUCUGCCCAUCUGCUAAGGAAUACCUCAUUGAUUUCUACCCAUCCACGAUCCCACAGCCCAACAAGAAGUAGCUCCUCUUCCCGGGAGAGUCCUAUCAGAACAACUCGUUCCAAUAAUACAGAGGUCUCCCAUGAAGGGCAGUCCACAGCGGCAUCUCCUCCGAUUAGUAUGGAAGUAGACCUAGACGACACAAGAAAAAAACUCCUUCGUUCUCAAAGAAAGUCUAGGCCUAGAAAUCGUUCUCAAAGUUCAACAGCAAUCAAGAAAACUCGAAACAAUUCACCUGGAACAUCUCGUACUGAUAAUGCAGAAGCUGUUCGAAAUGAAUCCAGAACGAGUUCAAGCAGUCGUUUAUCUCGUCGCAGAUCUCGCAGUCAUUUCGAAAGUGAAGAAAACAGUGAUUGUCUCAACCAGACAAAAGACAGUUCCUCCUCUCAGAGUUGUCAUCCGCAAACAUCUGACUCUAGUAGUGUAGAGGCAAUAAUAGAUGAACUUCGAUUGGGUUCAUUCAGUCCUAGUGCAUGUCAUCUAGAAGAGUCCAGGUCUGAGAGCACAUCCAAAACUUCACCAGCAAAUAUGGAAAUCCUCGAAGGGGAUAGUGCAACCUCUCAGGAUAUUUCUAAUGUAGAUGGAGAUGCAAGUCGGGAUGAACCGAGGCCUACAGCUCCUCAGGACAUUGCGAUGGCGAGUACCUCUAGUUUCGGAUUCACGUCAACAUCUAAACAACCAGACAGCUACCCACCCUCUGAGAGAAAACCUGUGAAGCGCGGUCUGCCUAUGUCUACUUUAUAUGGCAAACGUAUGAAAGAUGACGACAAUGUCAGUGAUAACCCUUCUCGAUGUGACGUUGCCCCAUCUACUUCUGCCGAUGAGGUUCUUCAACAGAAUGAAUUACGACGUAGCUUGCCAAGCUGUAGUACAGGCUCUCCGAGUAGGUUCGAAGACAGAACUCAUUCUAGUAAAACAAUUGUUCCCUGGUUCGAGAGAGAGAAUGAGUCCAGUCCCCGGAGGAGGUACAGACUCAAUAGUUUGGGGUUGAUCCAAGAAAGAAUUGAAAAUAGACUACGCGCCCAAAGUGAAACGCCCGAAGGAGCAUCCACGUCCAGAAUUCGUUAUGAGAAUGACGACAUUCUAAGUCUGUUCAAAUGGCGGUUAGUUUGUCGUAGUGAAGAUAAACUUGUAGGUUACUUCAGGUCCAGGCAUAUUAAUCGAGUUGGUUCAACGAACACAAUCUCUGCGCCUCCCUCCCCGUCUGCAGAUACGGAAGAAAACGUGAACAGACCUAUUUCUCCCAUUCCCUCCACUUCUGCAAGGAAGGCACCGAAACGUUCCAGUUCUAUGCCGGCUUUAAGCACAAAAUCAAAACGUUCUAGAUGUUCUGAAAAAAAAGGCUGUUCUGAAAGUUGGUCAGAUUCCAGUAGUUCUUCCAGUAGUUCUCUUUCCAACAGUUUUUCUUUCAACAACUCGUUAUGACAGAGUGAACGAGCUGAAUACAUGGAAAGAAAAAUGUCUCGUUGAGGCUGUACAGUAAACAAUCGACAAAAUGAUAGAGUUCAUUCAUGAAGAUUUCGUGAAUGACUGAAGAUGUAAUAGGUGUGAUUAUCGCAUUAUGCCUCUUUGGGUACUAUUGAACGAUACCAAAAAGUUGACACUUUUUUCAUUUGCGAAGAUAUUUCUUUCCAAUAUUCCCAAGCAUUCGACAAGCAUCGAAUAAAUUAUCAUUGUUUAAUACCGCCCUGCCAAUCCUAUGGAUAGUAGUGAGGUUAUGUUCAUUUAUAUACCGAAAAAAUCAUGAAUUCUUCAUCAUUUUAGAAAUAU